AUGGCUUUGCCAAACCAACAGACUGUUGAUUAUCCCAGCUUUAAGCUUGUCAUCGUCGGCGAUGGAGGCACUGGAAAAACCACUUUUGUGAAGAGGCAUCUCACUGGAGAGUUUGAGAAGAAAUAUGAACCAACCAUUGGUGUGGAGGUUCAUCCUUUGGAUUUCUUCACAAAUUGCGGAAAGAUCCGCUUUUACUGCUGGGAUACUGCUGGGCAAGAGAAGUUUGGUGGUCUUCGGGAUGGCUACUAUAUUCACGGGCAAUGUGCAAUCAUUAUGUUUGACGUCACAGCUAGGUUGACAUACAAGAAUGUUCCUACAUGGCACCGUGAUCUCUGUCGGGUCUGUGAGAACAUACCCAUUGUUCUCUGUGGAAACAAGGUUGAUGUGAAGAACAGGCAGGUUAAAGCCAAGCAGGUUACCUUCCACAGGAAGAAGAAUCUGCAAUACUAUGAAAUAUCGGCAAAGAGCAACUACAAUUUUGAGAAGCCUUUCCUCUACCUGGCUAGGAAGCUUGCAGGUGACACAAAUCUUCAUUUCGUUGAGUCUCCUGCCCUUGCUCCUCCAGAAGUACACAUUGACUUGGCUGCUCAACAACAGCAUGAAGCGGAGCUUGCACAGGCAGCCAAUCAGCCUCUUCCUGAUGACGAUGAUGAUGCAUUUGAGUAG